UGCUUUUAUUUUAUUACAGCCCAUCAAAUUGUUAGCUUAACCGGCAUUAGUUUCGAAAGGAAAAGCAUAAUAGGCGCCGUGGAAUUAACUAUAGUUCCAAACAAUGAAAAAGUUCGUAUAAUACGUUUAAAUUCCAAGCAAUGUCGCAUUUAUCGAGUACUAUUAAACGAUGUUUGCGAAGCUGAAUUUGUAUAUUUUGAUCCCUAUUUGGAUAUAUCGCAAGGAGACGUGAAAACGCGCUCAUUAGAUACCAUCUCUAAGAAUCAUUUAACGGCAGCUCAGAAAACUGAUCCCGAUGUUAAUGCUGGUGAAUUGUUUAUACAAAUACCACCAGAAGGUUAUCAUAUGAUACAGGAGGGUCGUGGCUUACGUAUAUGUAUAGAAUUUUCAUUGGAAAAUCCUCAAGGUGGGAUACAUUUUGUUAUACCGCCUACUACUGAAGACGAUAACCAGCCGAACAGCGCUCAUAUGUUCACGUAUGCUUAUGAGAAUUCUACGCGUUUAUGGUUUCCCUGCGUAGAUAGCUUCGCAGAUCCUUGCACAUGGAAAUUAGAGUUUACUGUCGAUAAACAUUUGACAGCUGUUUCUUGCGGCGAACUGGUUGAAGUAGUCAUGACUCCCGACCUGAGACGAAAAACUUUUCAUUAUUCACUUACGGUGCCAGUAUGUGCUCCCAAUAUCGCUUUGGCUGUAGGACCGUUCGAGAUUUACGUGGAUCCUCAUAUGCAUGAGGUAACGCAUUUCUGUUUGCCACAGUUAUUGCCUUUGUUGAAAAACACAGUGCGUUAUUUACAUGAGGCCUUUGAGUUCCUCGAAGAAACAUUAUCCACACGGUAUCCAUUCACUUGCUACAAACAGGUUUUUGUAGAUGAAGCGGAUGCCGAUAUUAGUGCUUAUGCUACUAUGAGUAUAGCCUCGGUUCAUUUGCUGCAUUCGAUAGCUAUUAUAGAUCAAACCUACAUAACCCGCACGCUCAUGUCGCGAGCAAUUGCUGAGCAGUUCUUUGGUUGCUUCAUUACUUCCUAUCGAUGGUCCGAUACUUGGCUGGCCAAAGGUAUUGCCGAAUAUUUGUGUGGCUUGUUUUCCCGUAAAUGUUUCGGCAAUAAUGAAUAUCGCGAAUGGGUACAAAAAGAAUUGGCUCGCGUAGUUAAAUAUGAAGAGAAAUAUGGUGGCAUAAUAUUGGAUUGUAGCCAGCCGCCGGCACCAUUGCCUGUAAGUAGUACGAAUCCUUCGGCUUCCAGCGGUAAACAACAGGAAAUUGUACAUUAUUUCCCUAUAAAAAGUCUUCAUACCGUUUCGCCAAAAUAUGUGGAAGCAAUGAGACGGAAAGCUCAUUUGGUUAUUAGAAUGCUGGAACAUCGUAUAGGUCAAGAACUCUUAAUACAAGUUUUUAACAAGCAAUUGGCACUGGCCACAAACGCAGCCGGCACCAAAAUCGGUUUAGGCCUUUGGUCCCAUCUACUUAUAUCCACCAAUAUUUUUAUUAAAGCUAUUUUUACAGUAACCGGUAAAGACAUGUCGGUAUUUAUGGACCAAUGGGUACGGACCGGAGGUCACGCUAAAUUCUCUUUAACUUCAGUAUUCAAUCGCAAACGUAACACCAUUGAAUUGGAAGUACGUCAAGAUUUUGUUAAUCAGCGUGGCGUCCGUAAAUACAAUGGACCAUUAUUUGUCCAGCUGCAGGAAUUAGACGGAACAUUUAAGCAUACGCUGCAGAUAGAAAAUACAGUAGUGAAGUCGGAUAUAACGUGUCACUCGAAAAGUCGACGUAAUAAAAAGAAGAAAAUUCCUUUAUCUACAGGCGAAGAGGUGGAUAUGGAUUUAUCAGCUAUGGAUGACUCACCUGUACUUUGGAUACGUCUUGAUCCAGAAAUGAUAUUAAUACGUGACUUGAAUAUAGAACAACCAGAUUUUCAAUGGCAAUAUCAGUUACGGCAUGAACGUGACGUUACAGCACAAUUUGAGGCGAUUAAGGCGUUAGAAAAAUAUCCCACAAAUGCAACCAGAUCUGCUCUAACUGAUACAAUUGAAAACGAGCAAUGUUUUUAUAAAGUUAGAUGUGAAGCAGCGCACUGUUUAACUAAGGUUGCUAAUCAAAUGGUUACGCAAUGGAGUGGUCCGCCUGCUAUGUUAAAUAUUUUUCGAAAAUUCUUUGGUUCAUUUAGUGCUCCACACAUAAUUAAACAAAAUAAUUUUGCUAAUUUCCAAUUGUAUUUUUUGCAAAAAGUUAUACCCGUAGCCAUGGCUGGUUUGCGCACAUCCCAUGGCAUUUGUCCGCCGGAAAUUAUGCGUUUCUUAUUCGACCUUUUCAAAUAUAAUGACAACACUCGGAACCAUUACAGCGAUGUCUACUAUAGAUCGGCUUUGGUAGAUGCUUUAGGUAAUUCAAUAACUCCCGUGGUAUCAGUAGCCCUAAGGGGUACUCCUAUUACCUCGGAUAGUUUGUCGGCUGACGCGAAACUUGUUCUUGAAGAGGUAACUCGAUUAUUAAAUCUCGAGAAGCACUUGCCGUCGUACAAGUAUAUGGUUUCCGUCUCUUGCUUAAAAGUAAUACGUAAACUACAGAAAUGCGGUCAUUUGCCUUCCUUGCCAAAGAUCUAUCGUUGCUACGCUGCAUAUGGUCAAUAUUUAGAUUUACGCAUAGCUGCUAUGGAAUGCCUGGUCGAUUUUGUGAAGGUUGACGGACGUUGGGAGGAUUUAGAUCAUUUAAUUACUCUAUUGGAAACAGAUCCCGAUCCUGCGGCUCGUCAUGCUUUAGCUCAGUUAUUAAUUGAUAAUCCACCCUUUACCAAAGAAAGCAAAAGUCCACGAUUGGAUCGUCUCGAAUUGGUAGAGAGAUUAUGGCGCAAUAUGAACAAUAAAUUGGCUUAUGAUACUAAAUUACGCUGCGAUAUGGUUGAUUUAUACUAUGCCUUAUAUGGCAAUAAACGUCCGCAUUGCCUCCAAUCGGCGGAGAUGACAAAUAUGUAUAAAGAAUUGAAAGAAGCGUCCAAUAAAAAAUCAAGUUCAUCUUUAACGCCGUUAAUUUCGUCGAGUAUUGGGACAAGUGCACCGAUAACCGCUUCUCAUACAAUAGUUACAACGCAUACAACGACCACUGCACCAACUCCGCCAGUGGAUGUUAAAAUUACUCACGUCUCGGAUUGUACAGAAGAAAGGGAGCACAAAUUUUCCCCUACCGCAAACGGCAACAGCAAUAAUAAUAACAAUAGCAAUAUAAGUAGUAACGUAAAGCGCACGGCCAGUGAAGCUUUUGAGGCAACGGAUGACCUUGCAAAAAUUGAAACUAGUGAAGAGAUAUCCGUGACGAAGGAACCCGUUAAGAAUGAAACCUAUGACGGUGACGGUAAGUUGGAGGUAAACGCAUCGACAAGCAACGAUGCUUAUUCAGCAACGGAAUCGAAAAAGUUCAAAAGUGAAAUUUACGAAGAAGAUGAGAACUCUGUAACAAUCGUAGAUGUAUCCGAAUCUACAAUUGGUCGCAUGGAUAGUAGUUUCGAUUCAAGUAAACCUGAUAAUGACUUUAAGCAUAAAUUGGACAACAUUUCGAAGAAAAAGAAGAAAAAAGAUAAAAAGAAGCAUAAACACAAGCAUAAGCACAAGCACAAUAAAGAUAAAGACAAGAAUAAAGAUGAGCGUGAGCGUAAAGAGAAGAAAGACCCGAGCAUUUCCCGCUUACAAGCUAAAGAGGCUACGCCUGAAACACUUAGCUCAGCUGAUAGCAGCAAUAGCAACAGUAAUCCGCCGUUUAAUUUUCAAUAGCAAAGGUUUUUUAAUCAUUCUAUUAAAUUUGAAUCAUUUUUAUUAAAAAAGUAGUCGCAAUAAUGUUCUCGCUUGCGACUUAACCCUUUUCGGUCUUCUGCAAUGUCUCACUCACUGCCACUGUCACAGAAGACAUUAGUCUAGUCGUGUAAAAGACGGAGCCAACAUGUUCCUUAGGUAUACAUAAUUUUCCAUAACAGUUUAUUUAUUUCAAUAGAUUAAAACAUACCAUUACACAUCUCUAGGCGUCUCCCAAAAGCUAGCUAGCUAGCGGUACGUUUAUUUCAGUCCUUACAAAAAAAUUUAUCAAAUUUUUUUCACUGGGUAUAUAUAUAUGUAUACUUUUUUUUUUUUUUUCUUAAGACAAAGGGCUAAAAGUUGUUAAUAUUAUAUACCCUAGUAUUGGUGCCAGGUUUUAGAUUAGCAUGCGCUAUAAAUUAUAAGUUGAAGAUGUUUACUUAUUGUGUGAUCUAUAUUACGUUUUUUUUUGUUUUGACUUUUGCAUACCGAUUAAAAAGAAAUUUCGAUGUUUUGUAAAAUAAUAACAUCAAAACAAAAUUUUCGAAACGUUUGAAAGUACAUCGGUCCCUGUUGGUUCACUGGCGGACUCAUAAUUAUCAAAUACAUCUACUUUCUAGCUUGUUUUUAUUCCAAAUUUA